UUACGUGUACCGAUAAGUUCAAUAACGUUCUGUCACUUAACCUGUGCGUUUGUUAGUUUGAAUGGCUCGGAAUAAAUAUUACUUCGAGGCCUGAUUUCCAUCAACGAAAAUGAAUAACAUCGAAAUUGAAGAUUUUUAUCAUCACGACUUCACGACUGCUACAGAAUGGGAAGUUUUUAUUGCACGUUUGGAAGAAAUUAUGCACGAGUGGAAGAUGUCUGACAAAAGAAAUGGUUCACCUUUGAAAUCCGGCGAUUUUGUUAAUUCUCAAUGGAAAAACAAUACGGAGAAAGUUUAUUUUGCAGACAUUGAAUUUACAUUUAAGCACUUUAGACUUGUAAUAGAGAAUGAUGAAACUAUGAAAAGUUCGUUGGAAGAUGAGGAUGAUGAAAAAACUGAAUGUCAAAAGGAUAUAUUCAAUUCUUCUAAUGAUUUUGCUCGUAUAGAUCAAGAACAUUUAGAAAUAGCAUCUUAUUAUGGAAUCAGAGAGUUUCUUGUUUUAGUGCCAGGAAAAAGAAAUGCUAUAAUAGAUGAGACACGUAUGAAGAUUUUAUUAAGUUCUAUUACAAUUGCUGCUAAUAAUACAAAUUGCGAAGUACCCAUCUUUGUACAGGUACAAGAAUCAUGGCAAAAGAUGUAUCUUGGUACAAGCGUGGGUAGAGGCAGCUCCGUUAAUUUUGAGAUGGUACAUCUGAAAAAAAUACCACCUCAUUGCAAAUAUCUUACUGGUUUGCUUGCUGUAUUCAAACAAAAAAUCACAGAAGGCUGCGGAGUGAGGUUAGAUCCAGUAUUAGUUUCAGUGAGAUUUUCGUACUUAUUAAGAGAUUGGACAUGCAGUACUUGGACACAGCAACCUCCAGAUUUUGAUUUUAUGCAAGGAGAGACACUUGGAGUAGCAGAAUUAGGAAAGCUUCCAUUUGGAGCAACUUUCGAUCCUGUUGGGGAACUUCAUUUAUAUACCACAUGGCCGCAAAUGUCGGAGCACGUCGUAGUAGAUAGCGAAGGAUUCACUGAUUUAGAACCGCAGUUGGCACCAGAGUGGUCAGUUCAAGUGACGAUGGUACCGUCUCCAGCUUGUUUGCUUGGAGAUUAUUUAACAGAUUUUCUACAUUUGUGUAAUGAUCAGAGGGCUAUGGUUGAUUUGCUAGGUGAGAAUGCCAUGAUUCUCGCCGAUGAUGAGAACAAUUUGAGCGCUGCAUUUAAUAUAUUAAGCGAAUCAAGAAUUCCUACGAUUUCUUCAGUCAUUGGUAAAGGAAAUACAAAGAAACCAAAGAACGUGGAAGGUCCAAUUUCUGAAGAAAUAUUAUUGCCUAUAUUAUAUUUUCUCUUCCCUGAUACUGAAGAUAAUCCUAAAACACCGUACGGUGAUAUGAGCACGUAUUACGAGGAGGAACAAUGGAAAGGAGUAAAGACGUGUAUAAUUGACAGUCUAAUAUGGCGUCUUGCAGUUGUAGCCGCACAUUGCACACAUAAUCUAGGAGGAGCCACAGCAUUAGCUCAACUUUGGCACGAGUUCGUUCAGGAAAUUAGAUUUCGUAGAGAAUCGGAUAUUCGUAUACCAGGUAUUGCUCCUGGUUUCCCAGACUCUGUUAGAACCUGUUUGUUACAUCAAAAAUUACAGAUGAUGAAUUGUUGUAUUGAAAGAAAGAAAUCUAGAGAAGAUUCGAUAAAUAGAUCUCAGAGUGUAGAAUAUGAAGAUUUUGAAACAGAAUCAGAAGAAGAAGAAUUUUUUGAAUGUACAAGUGAAGUACAAGCAGAAAAUGUAGGAACAAAUGCCCAAAUAAAAGCGAAACAUUUGUUAUGGAACAAACCAGCUGGAAGAUUAGCAAAACAUCCUUCUUUAAGAUUAUUACAAACGGGAGAUCCUCUUUAUUUACCUGUAACGCAAGAACCUGUUCCAAAAACGGAAGACCAAUUGGAAGAAGACGCUGAAGUAAUGAUGCAGCUGGGAACCGACAAAUAUGCGUCGGAAAUGCGAGCUCGUAUGAUGAGCGCUUCGUUGCUUUCCGACAUGGAAUCUUUUAAGGCAGCAAAUCCAGGUGCAAUAUUAGAAGACUUUAUUAGAUGGUAUUCUCCUCGAGAUUGGAUAGAAGAUAAAGGAACCAAUGAUUGGGGUCAACCAAAUGGUCAUCUCUCACCAAGAAUGUUAAUUCCUGAGAAUGCAUGGUCAACGACUUGGGCAUCGGCGCAACCAGUACCAGCUCAUCGUCAAAAACGAUUAUUCGAUGAUACGAGAGAAGCUGAAAAAGUUCUUCAUUUUCUAAGCUCAAGAAGACUCGGUCAAGUCGCACGACUUCUUUUACCAUCCUUAACGCACGCUGCACUGUAUACUUUAAAUUUACAAAAGCAAGAGGCUCUACCAAAUUUGCCAGAUGUUGCACAGAGUAUAUUAAACAAAUUGCAAUACGUUACAAAACCACUACAUCAGAAAUUACAGCUUUACGAAGAGAUAACACGUGACAUCGAAGGUGUAGAAGCUUUAGUCGCACAGGUGAACUCUUUGCAAUUGAAAUUAGGUGGAAGUGACGAUUCUAAAGAAUUUACAUCAUUUUUGAUAGAAUUAAUGAGAGGAAAAGAAGUGUUUGUACCAGAUGGGCCAAGAGGGAACAUUGGCGCUCGUAUAAUGACAAUGUUCCGGGAUGCUCAGAAAGCCGUACAUAUGAUGACCUCUGUAGGUACGAGUCACGAAGCGGAUACAAAUGGAGAUAGUAAAUACAAAUCAUUCCCAGAACCAUCUUGGAAGGAAUUUAUAUUACGGGCAAUAACGCCAAGACCUUCAGUGGCUUCAACGUCGCAGCCACAAAGGAUGUAUGCGUGCCUUAAUCGAGAUUCCAUUCGUUUGGCUGGCUCAUUUUCUGAAGAUACUGUAUUUUUAUAGUUCAUAAUUGAGUCUUUUCCAGUUUUGGUUUUGCAAAAAGGAAACUUUGAACAACAUCAUCAAUUUCUUCCAAAGCUAAUUGAGCAUGUAGACGUAGAACUGGAUCUUUAUCAGUAUCUCUUAAAUGUUUUAAACUACGAUAUAAAAUAAGCAAAUCUUUGCUAAGAUCAGUUAAAACAUGCUUUCCUAGACCACGAAGUAAAAGAGUGAUGACUAGGACUGCUGCUCGACGACAUUCAAGUGCUUUGUCAGUUUCUAAGAUACAAUUAAUGCAGUAGAGUACCUAAAAAUUUGCAAAAAUUAUUUUCGAUUAUUUCACUUGAUUCAUAUAUUUUUAUAUUCCAAAAAUAAUAGAAUUUACUUUAUUUACAAAUAUCACCUCUAUGAUAAUAUUUCCAAGACGAAAACCUAAUACUUUACAAAGCUCUCCAAGACAAGAAAGACUUGAUGCACGUACUAAUGGAUCCGGAUCACGCGUAGCACAUAAAAAUCCAUUAAUAAGUAUAUUCUUAUGUGUCAAACUCAUUUCAUCUGCAAAAGAGUACAGUUACUAUUUUCGUUCAAGUCAUAUAAAAAGAUAUAUAGACAUUCUUACCUAAUCCUCUUGUUGUUUUUACUAGUAUUUCACCAAGUUUUAUUCUAUUUUCUAUAGAAAUAUCUCCACUUGUAAUUCUUUGAGGCAUAUCAAUAUACUCUUGAACUAAUGUUUCUAUUACUAUUUGAGGAUACGUUAUAGCCAAAGAACACAUACCAUUUAUUGCAGCAAGAUAAAUGAAAGAAUCUUCGUGUUUUAAAUUUUCCUAUAGCAUAAUGAGAAUGUAAGUACAUAUAUAUACUUAUUAUAGGACAUAAAAAAGACAAGAGAUAAUAAACUCACUUGAAAUAGA